GAAACUCUUUCUCUCUGAGUUUUUCUUCUUCGUUUUCCAAUCGAUCCAUAGAUAGAGAUAGAGAAAGAUGUCAGCUUUAGCUUGUAAUUCGUGUAACAAAGAGUUCGAAGAUGACGCUGAGCAAAAGUUUCACUACAAAUCCGAAUGGCACCGUUACAAUCUCAAGCGCAAGAUAGCUGGUGUUCCUGGAGUAACAGAGGCAUUAUUUGAAGCUAGACAAGCUGCUAUAGCUCAAGAGAAGGUUAAAGCUGUUGAAGCACCAAUGCUUUAUACUUGUGGAAUCUGUAAUAAAGGUUACAGGAGUUCCAAGGCUCAUGAGCAGCAUUUGAAGUCGAAGAGUCAUGUGUUAAAGGCUUCGACGAGUAACGGAGAGCAGGAUAAAGCGAUUAUUAAGCAGCUUCCUCCUCGUCGUGUUGAGAAGAAUAACACUGCUCAAUUGAAGGGUUCGAUUGAGGAAGAGAGUGAAGAGAGUGAAGAUGAAUGGACUGAGGUUGAUUCGGAUGAGGAUUUGGAUGCGGAUAUGAAUGAGGAUGGUGAAGAGGAAGAUAUGGAUGAGGAUGGUAUUGAGUUUGAAUUGGAUCCGUGUUGUUGUUUGAUGUGUGAUAAGAAGCAUAAGACGAUAGAGAAAUGUAUGGUUCAUAUGCAUAAGUUCCAUGGGUUUUUCAUUCCUGAUAUCGAGUACUUGAAGGAUCCUAAAGGGUUUUUAACUUACCUCGGUCUAAAGGUCAAGAGAGACUUUGUGUGUUUGUACUGCAAUGAAUUGUGCCAUCCAUUUAGCAGUUUGGAAGCUGUUCGAAAGCAUAUGGACGCCAAGGGUCAUUGCAAAGUGCAUUAUGGUGAUGGUGAUGAUGAAGAAGAUGCAGAACUUGAUGAGUUCUACGACUACAGCAGCAGCUAUGCCAUUGGAGACGAAAAUCAGAUGGUUGUGUCUGGUCAGUCUGUGAACACUGUAGAGCUUUUUGGUGGGUCUGAGCUUGUGAUCACCAAGAGAACCGAUAACAAAGUAACGUCUAGGACUCUUGGGUCUCGUGAAUUCAUGCGCUACUACAAACAGAAGCCACCACCAUCUUCUCAGAAGCAUAUUGUCAACUCUCUAACCUCCAGGUACAAGAUGAUGGGUCUAGCAACAGUGCAGUCGAAGGAGGACAUAGUGAGGAUGAAGGUGAUGAGAGAGAUGAACAAAAGAGGAGCGAAAAGCAGUGUUAGGCUCGGAAUGAAGAGCAACGUCAUCAGAAAUCUGCCCAACAACGUCACUUAUUAGUCUUGCUCCUCGAUUUUCAGGUCUCUCCUCUUUGUUUGAUUUUAUGAUUCUUCAUUGUAUCGUAGGGUCACAAACCAAAGUUUUGUGGAGCUUGUGUUGGUGAGUAAAUCCAAAACCUUAUC